GUCGCGGUUCGGUUGACGGUGCCUUCCUCGAUUUAUUUUGUUUUUUAAAACUUACUCGUGCACAUUUUUUUAUUUGAAUAUAUAGCCAGUCUGCCUGCGAAAUUCAGUUUAUUUUUAUCACACCUGAAAAAGUGAAUGUGUAUGCGUCUAUUGAUAACAUGAAGGAAAUAUAACACAAGGAAAUUUCAUCAACUUAAUCAUAACGCUUUGAUAUCGCUAGAAAAUUAAAAAAUUCAUACGUGAAGUUAACGUCCGAUAGUGAAAUCAGUUCCACUAUCCAACAAAAAAAAAAGAUUCUCUGUUAAAUCGCAAUUGAACCCACCGGAAAACUCAGAAUAUUAAAAUAAAAUUUUAUAUAGUUCUAUAAAAAAUAAAAAAGAAACAACCAAACAAAACAAAAAUCCGAGCCAGACUAGACAGUUAAUAAUUGCAAAAAAAAAAACAAAGUAUAUAAAAUAACAAAACUCAGUAAAAUAGUUUUUUUAACCUGGUGAAUUGUGAAUGAAUUCGCGUUAGUUGACAUUCAAACCACAACAAUUGUCAUUCAGUUGUUGAAAUAGAAAGAAGAAAAUAUUAAAAUCAGAAGUGAAAUCUCAGUAGAAUCAUGGACAUAAUCAGAAAUCUUUAUUUGCACAAAUAUUCUAAGUUUUCUUUAUUAUUUGAUAUGAUUGAAUAUUUGUACGUAUCCUGGAUAUUGUGUUUGAUUACACUUAUCUUGUUUGCUCUGCACAAGAUGUUCUAUAAAACUAAACCACCAACACGUCGAUCAAGUGGAUCUUCCACAGUGACAGCACAAAACGAUGAAUUAAGAUCACAACCGUUUUAUAUUUAUUCCAUUGAUGGUCGAUCUACCGGUCAUUCAAACACACCCAAUGUUCAUCUCGACCUUCCGCCCAAAUACGAUGAUGUUAUAAAAGAUCCAAACUAUGUCAGACGCGAGGUGUCAUAGAAAUUUGAGAUGGUAGAUCUAUUUGCAUACUUACUGCCCCGGAACUGAUGACAUUCCACUGUUUAUCAGAUUAUCAUUCCAUAGAUUUUUAAUGAAAUAAACUUAAGUAACGUUUUUUAAAAGUAUUUUUAAAUUAUCUACAUAAAGCUUUUAGUUUAGCUUUUCUUUCAAUAUAAAUUGUUAUUUGUUAAGACUUUCAAACGAUUCUUUUAGAUAAAAACGAAUGUAGACUGUGAAACACAUUUUAAAUAAAAAUUUAUAUGCAGA